CUUCCGUGUUUACCUGCAACUGCAAGGGCGUAAUUGGGCGUUAGCCAAAGAAAGGAAAAUUAUUCAAAUAAAUGUGUGUAUUUGUGGAAUUGCGCUGAUUAGAGCAAAAUUGCAUAUUAAGGAAAACGGAAGAUGAGCCGAAGGAGCUAGAAAGUUUCCUAAAUCAAAGGCACUUAAAGUUUGUGUUGAAGUUGCAUACUGGAAGUUCACGAUGGGAUGUUGCGGGAGCGCAGAGAGUAAACGUGACUGGAAACCGCUGGAGGAGCGCAGCUGCACGGAUAUCCCAUGGCUCAUCAUAUUUAUACUGUUUUGCAUCGGCAUGGCCUGUAUUUGUGGCUAUCCCAUUGCCACAGGAGGUGCCUCCAGGCUUGCUUUAGGAUAUGAUAGUUACGGCAACACCUGUGGGAAGAAUAACACCAAGAUCGAGGGAGUGCCCCUCAGUGGUCGGGACAUGACGGAAAACAAGUUCGUCUUCUUUCUAGAUCCCUGUAAACUUGACAUAAUUAACAGGAAGCUCAAGUCCAUCGCCUUGUGUGUUUCCCGGUGUCCAUCCACUGAGCUGAAGACAUACUCUGAUUUAAAGGGGUUUGCUCUGAGUAAUGGCUCUGAUCUUUGCUCCUACGACAUUUCUCCUACAAGAUACACAAGCCAUUCAGAAAGAUUCACCAAGUGUCCAAAACUCCCAGUUCCACCAAGUAAGCCUGUCCCGUUGUUCCGGCGCUGUAUUCCUGUGGAUAUCAGCUGCUAUACUCAGUUUGCAGAAGCUUUUAUAGCAUUUGUGAGCGACAACACUGUGCUGCGGCGUGUCAUCUCUGGGGUGAUGGCCAGCAAAGAGAUCAUCAUGGGACUUUGCGUGCUGGCUCUAGUUCUCUCCUUGAUCAUGAUGGUUGUCAUUCGUUACAUCUCCAGAGUGCUGGUGUGGAUUCUAACAAUUCUGGUAAUCGUCGGCUCCAUAGGUGGAACAGCCGUUCUGUGGUGGUUCUAUGUAGACCACAGGAAUGCUCUCAAGAGUAACACCACAUCGGUUUUCGGGAAAGAAGUGGCCUCGGACAAUGUUAAGGCUUUGCUUGUGUAUUCCAUUGGUGCUACAGUUUUCACGGUUGUUCUCCUGCUGGUGUUGUUCUUUAUGAGGAAGCGUGUGACUUUCACCAUCUCCCUGUUCAAUGUGGCGGGUAAGGUGUUUAUCCAUCUUCCCCUGCUGGUCCUGCAGCCCUUCUGGACCUUCCUCUGCCUCAUACUCUUCUGGGUCUACUGGAUUGCCGUGCUUCUCUUCCUCGGAACAACAGGAACGCCAGUGAAAAACAACUCUACAGGUGUGGUCGCGUACGAAAUGCAAGGACCUCUUCAGUUCCUGGUGUGGUAUCACGUUGUGGGUCUCAUCUGGAUCAGCGAGUUCAUUCUUGCCUUCCAGCAGAUGACCAUUGCUGGAGCCGUGGUCACUUACUAUUUCACAAGGAAUAAGUCCCAGAUGCCAGCAACACCGAUCAUUUCCUCUAUGGUACGUACCAUCCGCUACCAUCUGGGGACUUUGGCCAAAGGCUCCUUUAUCAUCACGCUUGUUAAGAUCCCUCGGCUAAUCCUAACAUACAUCCACACGCAACUCAAAGGAAAGGAAAACGCCUGUGCUCGUUGCAUGUUGAAAGCCUGUGUCUGCUGUUUGUGGUGCCUUGAGAAGUGUUUAGCGUACUUGAAUCAAAAUGCUUAUACCGCCACAGCCAUCAACAGCACUAGUUUCUGCACCUCAGCCCGUGAAGCUUUUCUUAUCCUGGUGGAAAACGCGCUCAGAGUUGCCGCCAUUAACACUUUUGGCGACUUUGUCCUCUUCUUGGGAAAGAUUCUUGUAGUCUCCUGUACAGCUUUUGCUGGCGUUCUGGCUCUGAACUAUCAGAGGGACUACACAGUGUGGGUGCUGCCUCUUCUCAUCGUCUGUCUCUUUGCCUUCCUGGUGGCCCAUUGCUUCCUUUCUGUGUUUGAAAAUGUGGUUGACGUCCUCUUCCUGUGCUUCGCUGUGGACACAAAGUAUAAUGAUGGCAGCCCUGGUCGAGAGUAUUACAUGGACAAGGCAUUGAUGGAAUUUGUUGAAAACAGUAAGAAAAUGGGCUGGAAAAAGCCGGGGGAUGGAGAUGGGCGUGAGAUGAAGCCCAUGACUCGUGGGACUUCAGCUUGACAGUGUCAGAUUUCUAAAACCACUUCUCCAAUCUUAACUCUAAACAUUUCCAGCAUCACACUGCAGGGACAUCCAUUUAAGAGGAUAACAACUGACUUUGUACAGAAAUUUUACACAGUUUGUGCAAAACAUGUUUCGUAAUGUUUAUUUUUUAGAAGGAGUGUAUGAAAAUGUAAAGUUUGGCCCGUAAUAGAUGUAAUAUGUUCAUUUGGGUUUGUGUUUUGUUAUUAAUAAGAUGGCUUUGCCAGUUUUUUCCUUACAUAUUUUAGUUUUCCUUUUUAUUGCUCUCUAAUUAACAUGAAUGGUUUAACACGUGUGAUAAAUUACAGCUGCAUUUCGAGUGGCUGAGUGUACAUUUUAAGCAGGUGGCUAACUAUGUUAUGAUACAAAAACUGUUCAUCAUGUUUGUGACAUAAUAAAUUUUAUACUAAA